GAGCCGCCCCACGCCCCACCGCCCCCUUCCGCCAUCGCCCCGCAGGGGAAGCGGCGGCAGCCCGAGUCUCGCGAGAACCGGCUCUGCCGCCGCCGCCAUGGAGACGCCGGUGCCCGGCCCGCCGGGGCUGUCGGCCGUGCUGGCGAGCACGGACUGGUCGGAGCCCUGGCUGCUGGGGCUGGCCGCCUUCCACCUGCUCUGCUUCCUGCUGACGUGCGCGUCCCUGCAGCACCGCCGGGUGCAGGUCGGGCACUUCCUCUGCAUGGUGGGCUUAGUGUACUGUGCUGAAUAUAUCAAUGAAUUAGCAGCCAUGAAUUGGAGGCUCUUUUCUAAAUACCAAUACUUUGAUUCAAGAGGAAUGUUCAUUUCACUUGUAUUUUCAGCGCCACUGCUGGUGAAUACUAUUAUAAUUGUGGUCUCCUGGGUUUACAGAACUUUGAAUGUAAUGACUGAACUAAAGAUGCUACAGCAGAGAAGGAAAGUAGAAAAAGAGAAAAAGAAAUGAAAGUGCCAGACUUUUUUUCUUCAGUUGUAAUAAUGCCUGUCUGGAUAAUCAGUCCUUCUGUAAGGGUAUGCAGGAACUGAAGUAUUUUUGUGUCUGGUGUCAAGAGGACUUCAUGAUUGUGGCUGUGGGCAUUGAGGUGAAAGCAGGUAUCUACAGUACAUUUGAAUUGGCUGUGAAAUUAUGAAACCAGUCUUAACAAGUCUUUUGCCCUUCAGUGUAUGAUUGUUUCCCUCCAUGAACAAGGCUGUUUGUAUUGUUGAGACACAAUCCCAGUUUCCAUUUGCCUGUAUAUUUUUUUACUAUGUCUUUAUUCUGUGCUUAUCAAGUACCAGUUAUUCUGCUGCUUAAGCCAAUUGGAGCUGUGUUGUGAAUUACAGUAAAUGAGAGAUUUUAUUCAGAAUAACUCAGGAAUCCAUGCUUCUGUGAAGCGCUUCACUUCUUUAUAAAUCAAGUUUCAUACUUCCUAUGUGUACUGUGUGACAGUGGCAUUUUAUAAAUAAAACUAUCCACUUACUGUAUCUUAA